AUGGCUGUUGCAGAACUAAAUAGUCUGCUUGAAGCGGAUGACUAUUCUGACCCAGAGGAUUUCAUCGACGACAUCAAGGAUGAAGGUAAGAAGUAUUCAGUUUCGUCAUUGUGCUUUUAGAACUUUUGGCUGAUCUUUAUGAGAAGGAGCCUUCCACAGAAAUCUACGAAGAAAGAUGCGUCAUGGUAUGGGGAAUCCCUAUCAUUGCUGCUGAAAGGUUACCGAAACUGAAAGGUGUUUUGGCCAAAGUGUUCGGUCUCCAGAAAACGUCGUAUGUUGAUGAAUAUCCGCUUGAUGCGGAGGGCAAAACUAAGGUAAGUCUUAAGAAUGAGUUGUAUUAUUUCUCAGGGAUAUUGUUUUAUUGAGUACCCAACUAAGGAUGCUGCCGAAUCCGCGAGAAUCUUGAUUGACAACUUUAAUUUGGACAAAAACCAUACCUUCAGUGCGUACUCUUUUAGCACUUUGCGAAACCUUGCCGAACCUGAUCCCAAUUGGAAAGUUCCUGAGAGAAGAACCUUUACCAAUGUUGUAAGUUUUCGGAAAACGUUCGUAAUUAAUUGUGGUUUAGGGCGAUCUCUGGUGGUGGGUGCAAAACAACAAAUGUUAUGACCAAUUUGCUAUUCAAGUCCACAAUCCCAACACUGGAGCAGUUACUUUGGCCAAUUAUUGGAAUCAGAAUGGAACUGAAGUAGCACUGUGCGAGGAAGGAGCAAAAGAGGUAUGAUUUCCCGUUCACCUGGAUAUACCACGUCAUUGCAGAAUUGGUCGGAGAGUAUCUUCAAAUGGUCCCCUUAUGGUACCUAUUUGGCUUCUUUCCAUCGAAUGGGGGUUGCUUUAUGGGGAGGAGAAAAGUUCACUAGAGUUCAGAAGUUUACUCACGAGAAUGUCGAAUACAUCGAGUUUUCCCCAUGUGAAUCGUGAGUCUGCUCAUUAUUUUUUUGUCAGUUUUAAUUUUAGGUAUUUGGUAACGUACUCAUGCAACGAUCGCCGGGGAGGUACUGACAUGACUAACUCGCUGCGUAUCUUUGAUGUGUUUACUGGAGAAUGCAAGAAGACCUUCUCACCAUCAAGCCAAGGACAGGGUGCUGUUAAUUCUUGGCCUUUCUUCAAGUGGUCUCAUGACGAAAAAUAUUUUGGAUUCUGUCGCCCCAAAGGAAACAAUAUCUUUAUCUACGACACUGAAACCUUCACCUUAAAUCAAAAUAAGUCUAUUGAACUGGAUGGACUUGUUUCUUUCGAAUGGAAUCCGGCAAAGAAUAUGUUUGCUUAUUAUUGUGAAGAAAGAGUAAGAUUUAAGAUUAAGAAUUUGCUUCUUUAUAUCUCUAUUUGUUUAAUUCAAACCUAAAAUCGGAACUUUUAGCCCGCCGCCAAUGCUCCAGCCGAAAUUGGAAUUGUGGAAUUCCCAUCACGGGAAAAGCUGAGAGCCCAAAGAAUCUUCUCCGUUUCUUGUGCGAAUCUAUUCUGGCAAAAAUCUGGAAAUUACCUGGCCGCGCAUACCGAGAGGUACAAUUCAAUGAGAAAGACAAAGGAAGGCACCAUGAAGUUGACUGGGGUUGCGUCUCAUCUUGAAAUCUUUGACUUCUCGUCUAAGCUGAUCGCCGUUCAGACCAUGCAAUUGGCUGAACCUUUCAUCAGCUUCGGAUGGGAACCUAAGGGUAAGUGCAAAUACAAGUCAAGAAAACUUUCAUAGGUGAUCGAUUCUGCGCUCUGCAGGGAUCUUCGAACAAGGCAAUCCCUUGCAUUUACAAGAUCGAAAAGGACAAACCAACCCCUCAACUGGUUGCUAAAUUGGAUGCUGGAAUUCAAUUAAACACCGUCUCUUGGGCCCCACAGGGUGGAUACCUGACUGUUUAUGGUAACGGGUCAACGGCAGGAAAUGUGAUCUUUAUUGAUUGCAACGGACCUGAAGUCACGAAGACGAGAACAGUAGAACAUCCUAACUUGAAUUAUGUAAGUUCCUAUGCUGUUUCGAUCCUACUUUUAGUGUGCUUGGGAUCCGACUGGUAGAUACUUCGUGAGUGCUUCCGUCCAAAACACGCGCCAUGAUUCAAGUUACCGAAUCCAUUCCUUCCAAGGCCGUGAAUUGUACAAGAAGAGUAUUGAAACGAUUGUUCGAUUCCGAUGGCGACCACGGCCUCCUGUCCAUCUUUCAGAACAGAAGCAAAAGGAAAUCAAGAGGAACCUCAAAACGAUCUCCCAGAAAUUCGAGGAGGAAGAUCGGAGAGAGCAGCAAAAACUGUCGAAGGAAUUGGUCGAAAAAAGGAUAAUUAUCACACAAGAGUUCGAGGCUAGACGUGCGAAGCACCGGGAAGCUUAUGAGAAAGAAAAAGCGGAGAGAAUCAAGCUCCGACGAGGAUUCGACGCCGAUCUACCGCCCACCGACACUAUCGAGGAAGAAGUCACCGUGGUUGUUAACACUGAGAAAACCGAAAUUAAGGAUGCCGAUGAUUAA